AUGUCUCUCUGGUCGUCAGCCUUUGGGCUGUCCGGCCGUGCUCUUCUCAGGCAAUCCCGGACCUUCACCUCCACAACCACAGCGCGCAACACAUCCCAACCAAGCUCUUACAAGCAAGGUAUGGCCGCAUACCGAACAUUCGCCGGCCCCUUCGCCAAGGUGUUCUUGGGGGCCGUCUUCACCUACCAGGUCAUCUACCAGACCUGGAUGAAGCUAGAGAUGGACGAGUCGAAGCUCGAGAAGAAUGAAGAGGUGGCCGUGCUGGAGAAAAAAGCUCGCGAGAUGGCCGGCUCCAAAAAAUGA